AUGCCCCACCUACUGGUAAAUCGUCCUCGAAUUUUUGGUCGCAAAGUGAGGAUCCUACUCCCUCCCGAAGAGGCACUGUCACAGUUUAAAUGGGAAAUCAUUAGCUCUUUCUGCCAUCAAGUUGGAAGUGUCAUCCUGUUAAUCGGAUCCAUCUUUUCUAUCCCCUCCAUUCGAGAUGCAACUGUUGGUGAGCUGGGCACAUUCUUCUUUGUUGCAGCUUCCUCCUGCUAUAUGAUAGUUUCCGCGCACGAUUGUUACGAGAUUAUUUGCUAUCAUAGUCGGCAAGACGACUGGGACAAAAUUUUACCGCCGGGAGAGAUCUUGGACAUUGCUUCCGCGGGUACCUAUUUCUGUGGAAGUCUUUGUUUCAUCAUUGGUAGUUUUUGUUUUAUAUUUCACCAUACUAUAUCUGGCGGUGUCUUCAAAGUGAUUGGAUCCUUUCUCUUUAUGGCCGGAGCGGUGGUCAAUUCGGCCCAGAGUUUCGAUGCGCCUACUUACCGGGCUAAACUAUUCUCCAACUUGACGGCAGUGUCGUAUAGCGUUGGAUCCAUGGCAUACCUAGCUGGAUCGAUUCCCCAUCUUUGGUCGCUGAAGAGUAUGCCGGAUCAAGAUCGGAUUGAUACCUAUUUGGCAGGGCUUUUCAUUGUCGGGUCCUCGCUCUUUGUCAUUGGUGGGUCCCUUAACUUUCAUCGAGCCAAAUGUAUUUUUCAACAUGAAUAUCCGAAUGCGACUCUUGGUCCCGUGGUGACCUCUAGUGAGAGCGGAUUGGAUGAAAUGUCUAGUAGCGAGGAGGCUCCACUUUUAACUAUUUGA